GUCAUCAGUUUUGAUAAUAUGGACGAUAUUCAAACAGUCUCAACGUCGUUUGGAGGCAACCUCAACCAUAUAAGUUUUUGCAGUUGUUUCAACUGUUAUUUGGUUUAACAAAGCAUUUGGCGAGCUUCCCAAAAGGGAAAACCAAAAAGCAAAAAUGUCACAUACGAUGGCAUACCCAAUUCACCGACGCAGUGCUUCAGCGCCACCGCCAGUAACAAGAAAGGUGAAAAAUACAAAAACAAAUCCAUCAGCUGUAGCUAGUGCAAAUCUCAAAACUGAAAACCGGAAAUUGAUUCCCGUCAUUAAAGAUGGCAACUCGUUUUUUCGGUCGGUAAGUUAUCUCUUUUCAGGUCAUGAAAGGAAUUACAUAAAAUGGCGCAAGGCCAUAAUAGCUUUCGAGUCUCUCUUUCCCGAUCAUGUUUUCCACACAGACCUGAUUGAUAAGGCAGUUCGUUAUGAACACGCCCAGAAAUUAUCAAUCAACCGUACACCUGCCACUGAAUUCGAACUUAUUGCUUUUGCUACAAUGGUACAAUGCCAAGUUUACGUUUAUGAUCUGAUCAGUACAAGGCCCUACAGAUUCGUUUGGCGUUUAUACUUGCCGCGAUUUGCUUGUGAACAGCUCUAUGACAAAGGCUAUUUGACUUUCUAUCGUGAGCGAAACAUUUAUAGUCCGAUCAAAGACAAUCUUCAAGUAUCGACCGAUGAACAACAUCAUGCGAGACAUCACCGAUGGAGAAGUGUGUAUUGAAAAAAGUAAACUUAAAAGCAAGGUUUCUGAAAAUUCAGCAAGUUUGAAAGCAAACAAUAUAUAUAUA